AUGCAGAACAUUUUUGGGAAAAACGGCACAGAGACCCCAGAGCCGGUGCAGGCCACAGUCAAAGGUGUGAUCCCUCUCUGGUUGGAGGGGACUCUGAUCAGAAAUGGACCUGGUUUGUUCUCGGUGGGAGAUUCUCGCUACAAUCACUGGUUUGAUGGAAUGUCACUCAUCCACAGCUUCACCUUCAAGAAUGGCGAGGUGAGCUACAGAAGCAAGUUCCUGAAGAGCGACACGUACAAGAGAAACAUAAAAGCAGAACGCAUCGUGGUGUCGGAGUUUGGAACCAUGGUUUAUCCAGACCCCUGCAAGAACAUCUUCUCCAGGUUCUUCACUCAUCUGUCCAACGUGAUCCCAGACUUCACAGAUAACAACCUGGUGAACAUCAUUCAGUACGGAGCAGACGUCUACGCAGCGUCUGAGAUCAACUACAUCAACAAGAUCGACCCCAGCACUCUGGAGACCAUCGGGAGGACAAAUUAUAGAAACCACAUUGCACUGAACUUGGCAACCGCUCACCCGCACUAUGACCAGGAAGGGAACACCUACAACAUGGGUACCGCCAUCAUGGGUCUGGGGAAACCCAAAUACGUCAUCUUUAAAGUCCCCCACGACGCCUCAGACGCAACUCGGCAGAAGCCUGCUCUCCGGAAGCUGGAGCAGGUGUGCUCUAUCCCGUUCCGCUCGCUGCUGUUCCCCAGUUACUUCCACAGCUUUGGGAUGACAGACAGCUACAUCGUGUUUGUGGAGCAGGCCUUUAAGCUGGAUAUCCUCAAACUGGCAACCGCCUACUUCAGAGGAGAGAACUGGGGCAACUGCCUCAAGUUUGACCCUGAUGACACGACUCUGUUCCAUGUGGUGAACCGGCACACGGGGAAACGGCUCUCCACAAAGUUCUUUGGUGUUGCCAUGGUGACGUUUCACCACAUCAACGCAUACGAAGAGCAGGAGCAGCUGGUGAUGGACCUGGUCUCCUACAAGGACAGCAACCUCUACGAGAUGUUCUACAUCGACAACAUGAGGCAGGAGCCAGGGCAGCUGGAGGAGGCUAACAAGGCCUACAGCGCCCCCGUCUGCUCACGCUAUGUACUGCCUCUAAACAUACACCAGGACUCAGAGAGAGGAGUGAACCUGGUGACGCUGUCGGACACUUCAGCCUCCGCUGUGAUCCAAGAGGACGGCUCUGUCCUCUGCACUCCAGACACACUGUUUACAGGUCUGGAGCUCCCAAGAAUCAACUACAACUUCAAUGCAAAGAAAUACAGAUAUGUCUAUGGGUCCAGAGUGGAGUGGUCCGCCCACCCCAGCAAGAUUGCUAAAGUGGACGUUCAGAGCCGCUCUCAUGUGGAGUGGUUCCAGGAGAACUGUUAUCCGUCCGAACCAGUGUUUGUGGCGUCUCCUGGGGCAACAGAGGAAGACAACGGUGUGAUCCUGUCCUCUGUCAUCUCUCCGGACCCGGCUCUGGUCCCGUUCAUGUUGGUUCUCGACGCUCGGACUAUGAAGGAACUGGGCCGAGCCGAGAUCCCAGCCUCAGUCCACAUGGACCUACACGGGUUGUACAUCCCAGCCUCAAAACCAGGACCAGACCAGGACUAG